AUGGAUUUCAAAAUACUAUCCAAGCAUGAUGAUAUCCUGGCUAGCUACUUUCUAGACAACUUGUACCUCUGGUUCACGACAGUUAGGAUGAAUAGCGAUCCAAUUCAUGCUACAGGAGAACAGCAAAUGGCAAUUGAAACGAUACAGCAAAUAGUCAGCCGUCCAGGCUCUCCAGAACAAAGCAUCAAGCUUGGGGUGAAGCUCUUUUUGGAGUUUCCCUAUUUCAAAGACUAUAUAUCCAAGCUGUCUCUUAAAGAAGCUCGAUAUUUCCAUCAACAUCUGAGGCGAUACAUACUCAUGUUCUCACAUCAAGCGGGAUUCGAGGUGAGCUCUACAACAAGAUACACUGGCACCAUGGAGGCAUGUAUAUUAGCAACAAGAGAUUGGACAGCAGGAGAAACGGUUCAGUGUUGUUCAGGCGCCAUAGUAGAUUUGACAAAGGAAGACGACGCAAAGUUAAAGAGUGAAGGACGUGAUUUCAGUGUCAUGGUGUCAACACGUAAAAAGUGCACCUGCUUGUUUCUUGGUCCUGCUCGAUUUAUGAAUCAUGAUUGUGACGCCAAUUGCGAAUUUACGUCGCCUCAGCUGAACACAAUAUCAUUCAAGGUGCAAAGGGACAUUUGUCGAGGAGAGGAAAUGACAGUCUACUAUGGGGAUCAUUACUUUGGCAUAGACAAUUGUGAGUGCAGAUGUUUGUCUUGUGAAAGAAUGCAGGAAGGCAGUUUUAGAGUGGAAAAGAGUGAUUCUGAGGAAACUGAAAAGAAUGAUACCAGUACCCCUGAGACACCCACAGAAGACGAGAACACUGGUAUCCGUAGGAGUGGACGUGUCAAGAAGGAAGUGGAUUAUGUAUACAAAGAUGUGCUUUCAUCUCCAAAAAGACAAAAAGCAACCCUUCUAAAAGCCAACAAAGAAGAGUCUCCAAACAACACUAUACCACUCGUCGAAAUCACAAAUGGGAAAUCACUGGAAGACACUAUUGAGGAUAUGACAAUUGAUGACCUAGAGGAGAUGGAAAUCAAUCAUCGUACAAAGAUGCAAAAACCAGUUGAAAUGGACCUCAGUUUCAUAUGCAAUGAACAACCUCCUUCUCAAUGGCCUCCCAAAGCAGCCAGCCCUCACAUUCAGCCAUUCACACAGAGCACUGAACAGACUUAUUCAACUUGGAGAGCAUAUCAGACAGCAAACACAUACAUGAAUAAUGUGAGUCACCGUGAACGCUCAUUGAUGUCACCUCAUCCUCCACCAACAUCACAUCCGAUGCCUGUCGACUCGGAACUCGUUCAAUUCUAUGAAUGGCUUGACGACCUGUCAGAUGUCUCGGAUACAGAGGGAUCUGUCGUUGGUGAUGUGAAUGCAGCAACAUGCUGCCCGGCAGCAAAAGAGUACAAGACGGUCAUCACUUCAACUGGUCGAGAAUUGUGCUCUCGAUGUUACAGACACUACAAGAUCUACGAGUUGGAUUGGCCAUUAAGAAAGAAGCCAAUUGUGGUUCCUCCACCAUCACCAGCUGUCCCAGCACCACCAGCAUCACCACCAGUGCCUUCAACACCAUCUGCAGGUGGCCACACAAGAAAGGACGCUGUCAAGCCGGCGCCUCGUAGUAAAAGUAAAUCUCAACCAAAAUCGAUCAAACCAAGAGCAAAGCCAUUGCCAGCACAAAGAGCAAAGCCAUUACCAGGACCAGGACCAAAACUCUUGGUAAGCGAACAGCAGCAAUCGCCCAAUAGGCCUCAAUACCACUCGUACGAACCUCAAUAUCCGCUUCCACCUGAUCCACCUGCUCCAUUUGGCUUACAUGCUCCCCAACCACCAUUACAAGCGCCACAGAUCGAUCCUGUUAUUGCGGCUUUUGCACUACAAUCAUCCCACAACUACUCACUCACAUCAUUACCUGCAUCACCCACAUUUACUCCUGAACUUUCCUAUGCGUCAUCCUCCCCAUCAUCGAGAAAGCUGCAAAUAGUACAAUCUCAAAAAGUGUAUGCUGUACAUCCACGCCCUAUAUAA